GUGCCUCCCAAACGGUCUGAGCGCGUGGCGGGUUUCUGAGGGCGGUGCAGCCGACGCAGCGGAGCAGGCGAGGCGGUCGAGCCCCGCUUGAGGACUGACCCGAGCGGCGAGGUGCGGCCCUCAGUGAGGAUUUACGUCUAGCUUUGUGUGCUUCGGUUCGUGCCUGUGUCUCCUCCCGGCUUUUCCGUCAAGUGUGCGGAGGUCUGACCUCGCGUGGCGGGCUUCGCUUCCUCACACGUAAAUUCCAGGAAUUCCUGUUGUUAUUGGAUAAAUCUUGGUAACUUCAGCACCUUCCUAAAAGCCUGGAAUACUGUAGAUGCUCACUUUUGGCCCUUCUCACAAGGAUGGAAAUGCUACUGUUUCGUGUCUGGGCCCUGCUGGCCUUGAUCCCUUUCCCAGGGGCGACUGAAGAGAUAUUUGAGGUUUCUGUUUGGCCAGAUCAGGCCCUGGUAAAGCUUGGACAGUCCCUAAUGGUCAACUGCAGCACUACCUGUCCAGACCCCGGGCCCAGUGGAAUUGAGACUUUCUUAAAGAAAACCCAGGUGGACAAAGGACCUCAGUGGAAGGAGUUUCUUCUGGAGGACGUCACAGAAAACUCUGUUCUGCAGUGCUUCUUCUCUUGUGCAGGAAUCCAAAAGGACACAAGCCUUGGCAUCACUGUGUAUCAGCCACCAGAGCAGGUGAUCCUGGAGCUGCAGCCUUCAUGGGUAGCCAUGGGUGAAGCCUUGACAGUGAAGUGCCAUGUGCCCAGGGUGGUGCCCCUGGAGAACCUUAGCCUUACCCUUCUCCAGGGUAACCAGGAACUGCAUAGAAAGAACUUUAUGAGCUUAGCUAUGGCCUCCCAAAGAGCUGAGGUCACCAUCAAUGUCAAAGCCCAAAGGGAAGAUGACAGGUGUAAUUUCUCAUGCCGUGCAGAACUGGACUUGAGUUCACAUGGUGGAGGACUCUUUCACAGUAGUUCAGCCAUCAAGGUACUUCGGAUCUUUGAAUUCUCUCAGAGCCCCCAAAUCUGGGUCUCCCCACUUUUGGAGAUUGGGAUGGCAGAGACUGUAAGCUGUGAGUUGUCUAGGGUGUUCCCAGCCAGAGAGGUCAUGUUCCACAUGUUCCUGGGAGACCAGGAGCUGAGCCCCUUUGUCUCCUGGAAAGGAGACACAGCAUGGGCCAAUGCCACUGUUCGGGCCAUGGAGACUGGUGAUCAGGAGCUGUCUUGCCUUGUAUCUCUGGGUCCAAUGGAACAGAAAACAAGAGAGCCAGUGCACGUCUAUAGCUUCCCUCCACCAAUCCUGGAGAUGGAAGAAUUAUACCCAUUGGCAGGGAGAGACAUUAAUGUGACCUGUUCGGGGCAUGUAUUAACAUCACCCAGCCCUACUCUUCGGCUGAAGGGAGCCCCAGACGCCCCUGCCCCUGGGGAGACUGCCUGGCUUUUACUUACCACCAGGGAGGAAGAUAAUGGCCGAAAUUUCUCCUGUGAGGCCUCUUUGGAGGUUCAGGGUCAACGGUUGAUCAAAACCACUGCAAUGCAGCUCCAUGUCUUAUACAAGCCUCGGUUGGAGGAAUCUGAUUGUCCUGGCAACCAGACAUGGGUGAAAGGAACAGAGCAGAUGCUUACGUGCAUCCCAAAGGGAAACCCAACUCCAACGUUGGUGUGUACCUGGAAUGGAGUAAUCUUCAACCUUGACGUUCCACAGAAGGCAACCCAGAACCACACGGGAACCUACUGCUGCACAGCCACUAACCAACUGGGCUCUGUCAGCAAAGACAUUGCUGUCCUGGUUCAAGGACUGGAUGAAGGAAUCAGCUCCACCAUCUUCAUCAUCAUUAUUGUCGUCCUUGGAGUGGGUGUGGUCACCAUAGCACUGUAUCUGAACUACAAGCCAUGCAAAAUAGAGAGGCGGAAAUUGCCCUAUAGGCAGAAAGAGAAGAACAACGAGGAGGAAAGCCAGUUUGCUGUUCAGCGAGGAGAAAAGUGCAAUGCACAUAAUUGUUAAAUGGAAACAGCUAUUUGGUUGACGGCAACCUCCACUGCUGGGGUUUCCUAAGGGAGGAAAGAGGGAGGAGAAAGGAGACAUUACUCUUUGUGUUCUGCAAUCCCACAAAACAGGUGUUUUGGACCCCAUGUUCCUUGUGUCUCACCCAUCCACAAGCUCAGCUCCUCUGAGGUCACUCUAGUCACUAGGAAUUUCACUCUCAGUGUCCAGCUAAGGAGAGGGCCUCUUACUCUUUAUUGUGUGCUUAAUCAGUCCACUCGCUCUUAGACUCAAAAAAAAGGUCUUGUCUUUUGCUCCCAAACAUCAGACUAAAGAGAUAGUCAGAAAUAUCUCAGAAAUCCAACUCAUUUCUCAUGGUUUCCUUAUGACUAAAUGGGAACCAGUUUCUUAGUCCACAGACAGGACUUCAAAGGGAGUGAAUACCAAAGAGAUAGGAAUCAGAAGCUUAUUCCUGCCUAUACAUUCCCCUGCUCCCUUGUAUUUUAUAUAAGGAUUUUGGAGUGCUGGCUUCCAGAGCUAAAUUUGGUAACACCAUUAUGGGUCAUGGGUGGUUAGGCUUCAACUCGCUAACCAUCUAUUGUACGCCUUGGAGGAAUGUAAAAGUCCUAAAUCUCACAUUGGGUCAGACAAGCAGCUUAUCUAACCCCAUAUUUGGUCCCUGAAGUGGAAAUUAGAGUUCUUCCAUUAAGCUGGCCUCAUAGUUCAUGCGCUCCAAACAUCUCUGAAUUCCUUUUAAUGAUCCACUAUAAAGUAAUCAUCUGUGAGUUCACAUUUGACAUUUUAAUUUUUUAAUCUAUACAGGCUCUUACGGUAGAGUUCCAGUAUUUAUUCUCCCUUUCCAUAAAGCAGUAUAUAUUUUCAUAUGUCUGCAAACUAUUUAAGCUUCAGAACAACUCCUCCUGUGACAAUGUUUACCAUAUGAUCUUAUGAUUCAGCUUCCUUCUCUGUUCUUUGGAAAAUAUAUGUUCACCGGUACAGAAGACACACAGAAUCAUAAAACCAAGUCUUUUCUUCCAAAUCAGUCAUGUAUGGGUCACUGAAAUGUUGUAUACAGUAAAAAAUAAAAGUGAUUUUAUGAUAUCUGAAA